CGCAUUGCUGAUGCUGCUGCUGGCCGACAUGGACGUGGUGAAUCAGCUGGUGGCCGGGGGUCAGUUUCGGGUGGUCAAGGAGCCCCUCGGUUUCGUGAAGGUGCUGCAGUGGGUCUUUGCCAUCUUCGCCUUUGCCACAUGUGGCAGCUACAGUGGGGAGCUCCGGCUGAGUGUGGAAUGUGCCAACAAGACCGAGAGUGACCUCAGCAUCGAGGUCGAGUUCGAGUACCCCUUCAGGCUGCACCAAGUGUACUUCGACGCACCCACCUGCCGAGGGGGCACCACUAAGGUCUUCCUAGUGGGGGACUACUCCUCGUCAGCCGAAUUCUUUGUCACAGUGGCUGUGUUUGCCUUUCUCUACUCCAUGGGGGCUCUGGCCACCUACAUCUUUCUGCAGAACAAGUACCGAGAGAACAACAAAGGGCCCAUGCUGGACUUUCUGGCCACAGCAGUGUUUGCCUUCAUGUGGCUGGUUAGCUCAUCGGCAUGGGCCAAGGGGCUGUCAGACGUGAAGAUGGCCACAGACCCAGAGAACAUUAUCAAGGAGAUGACUGUCUGCCGCCAGGCGGGGAGCACAUGCAAGGAGCUGAGGGACCCUGUGACCUCUGGCCUCAACACCUCAGUGGUGUUUGGCUUCUUGAACUUGGUGCUCUGGGUCGGCAACCUGUGGUUCGUGUUCAAGGAGACAGGCUGGGCCGCCCCGUUCCUGCGCGCGCCCCCUGGCGCCCCCGAGAAGCAGCCGGCGCCCGGGGACGCCUACGGCGAGGCGGGCUACGGGCAGGGCCCCAGCGGGUACGGGCCCCAGGAUUCGUAUGGGCCCCAAGGCGGCUACCAACCCGAUUACGGGCAGCCCGCCGGCAGUAGCGGCUAUGCGCCCCAGGCCGACUAUGGGCAGCAAGGCUACGGCCCGCAGGGUGCGCCCACCUCCUUCUCCAAUCAGAUGUAACCUGGUCAGUACAACCCAGGAGGACCCACGGGUGGGCAACAGUUCAGGAGAAGGCCUGCCCCCCUCCCCACCCCACACCCUAGGUCUCCACCCCUCAAGUUAGGAGACUCUGUCUUUGCUGUUUAUAUAUAUAUAUAUAUAUAUAUAUAUAUUUCUGUCUGAACCCUGCUGUCACUCCACUGUUCCCCAUGCAUUAGGGGCCCGGUCUUGAGUGGGCCCCUCUCUUAACCCUGUCCCUUCCCCUGUAUUCCUCAGCCCCUCUCUGCUCCCCAACCCUGUCCCCUGAGGUUGGGGGCUCUGGAAGGGGACAGGGAGGGGACAGACCUUGGCUGCGUGGGGAAGGUGAGUGUAACUUCAGGCUCUCUCCCCUCUCUCCCUCCCUUUCUCCCAACUCUGGCCUUGGUUCUUCCAGCAAUGCCUGAACAGGGGCCAUUAGGGGAAAUUCAACCCUGAGAGUGGGAAAAAGGCAGAGACUGGGGAGGGGGCUUGGGGUGGAGAGGACAACUUGGGACCCAAGGGUGGUCUUGGAGGGAAGCUCUGGAGGGGAGGGGACUAGUUAGCAGGGGAUUUGGGUUCCACAUAUACUGGAGUCUAAAGAAGAGGGGCACCCUAGAGCAUUCUGGUGGCAAGGCUUGGAAGGAGUCUGAAGGUGUGGUUUGAGAAGGGGUGGGGCUUUAGAGUAGGACUCUGUUCAAUGGAAGGGGUGUGACUUGGGACUCUGAAGGUGGCUUGGAAGAAGUCUGAGGGAGUGCUUCUAGAGGGGUAGGGCUUGAAUCAGCAGUAGGUGAGGCUCCAGAGUAGAGAGGACUUGGACUGGAACCAUAGUCUAUGGAAGGGGUGUGGCUUGGAACAUACAGCAGGCUGAGCUUGAUUCUAAAGGGGGCAGAUCUUGAGCAAGACAAGAAGCGGAAUUCAGGAAGGGGCCACACACACCUGGGGUGACGGUCAUGGUCAUGGUCUAGAUGGACAGGGGCUUAGAG